UUCCACCUCGACCUCAACAGCAGUCCUGCCCUGCAGUGGAGACUGGCCCUGGCAAACAUUUGGGCGGACCUACUGAUGCGUCGAGUUCUCACCUUCGUGUCUCAACUCUUCGGAAUGGAGUUUGACCAGACCUCGAGCGCAGUCAUUUCCGCUAACAGCUUCUACCGUCGGACGGAUGGGGACGAAAGUGGCUUGCUAUCUAAGGAGACCUUCCUUUGGAUCUGCAAGAAUCGAUUGAUCAGCUGCGUGCCAAUCUUCCUCUCUGAAUCCCUUAUUCAACCCCUGGUGUGUGGCCCUGUGGCGCCGAAAACCUGGCCUUCAUUGCAUCCGGCCAAUCCCUCCGCCAAUUUCGAGACUCAGUUAACUCCGGCGAAGUCGCCCGACCCUGUCAAGGUUGGAUCGUCUGAGUUUGAAUCAGACACACACGUUCUCUCGCCUGUGGCAACAUCACAGUCUCAGAUUGGUGUCUGUUUCCAAGUUCCGCCAAAACACCGUGUUUUCAUCAGUCUCUCCAAGCUGAGCCAACGUCUGUCUGAGGUGACGGCACUUUCUCCCUCCAGGACUUCCAGCCCUGCCUUUCCCAUGCUGCAGUACCUAGGCUCCUAUGUCUGUGAACUGCACAAAUUCCUGGCAGAAAACCCCCUUCUUCUCGGCAGUUUCAUGGUAGUUAAGUUGACACAACCGCCUAGCCCGGAGGAAGUUGCGCCCUGUGCAAUUGAUCUGCAGCAACUCCAAGCCCUGAACACCCGGCUGGUUUCAGUAUUUUGUGCGGCAGCCAACCAUGUCGGCGACGGGCUUCCCCGACGACUUCAGCUGCCAGACUUUCUCGAAUGGGGACGUCAGUUUGAUGCGGAUCUGGGCGCUUUCCUGCGAGACACGUGUGAACAGGUGCGGGAACAUGUAGAGGUCUUGGAGGAUGCUGUAAGUGCUUACAGAAUAUCGCCGGGACUGGCGGCGUUCUGUGGUGUUGAGGAGACCUCCUCGCCCUCGCUGACCGACAGUCAUCAUCAUAAACUGCCUCAAAGCCAGUCAUCCGCUUCUUCUACACCCUCCCUAUCUGGCACUCUGGAAACUGGGGUUUCAGAAAUUGAAAAUUUCACAUGA